AUGGGGAAAACCGGCAGAGCGGCAAAAAGGUCGCCGCAGAUUGAGCUUAACGAAAUUGACCAGGAACUGUUCGGCGAGGAGGAGCUGGAGAUCCUGCAAAGGGGACACGUGUCCAGUGAUGAGGAUCGCCAAAAAGAGGAGAACCUUGCAGACAGCGAAUUGUUAGCGGUGAACCAAGAAGACUUUAUCAUCUUUGAAGGCGCCAGCAGCAAUGAGAGUGCUACGAGUGGUGCAAGCAACGAAGGGAACUCCGAUUCGGAUGUGCAGAUCAUCCAGGAGGAGACCGAGCACAAGGAGGGAAGUCCCAAAAAGAAGGCCGGAACCCCCCAAAGGAAAGGAAAAGCCAAAGAGAAGACCCACUCCGAGGAGGAAAAAGCACACCGAAAGAAAAAGCACAACCUAGAUGAUGAAGAGGAGCAGGAAAACCAACUGUCCAGCGAAAAAGUAUGGAACUUCAUGCAAAUGAGGACGAAAAACGUAAAAAAAAAAAUUGAAGAAAAUAAACUAAUCACGCACAUGCUCUGUUGGGUAGCCCACCUGCAAUUCUUAAACGAGACGUGCAACAACAAAUUUGCCCAAGCAUUAAUAUACUCUGUGUAUGUGAAUUACCAAAAGGGGAAGGACAGCAAGCUGUACAAAGAUCCGAUCUACUUGUUCAUGUUUAUAAAGAGCACAUUUGAACUUGUCCUCGAUGGGAAGUCUUGGGUGUCUGGAGAUCAGCACGUCACGAGCAACCCUCGUGGUUCCAUCCUGUUUCGCUUGCUCAGGUGUAUACAAAGAAGAAGGGGAAAUAACAUACUGAUCAAUUUAAUAUUUAUUUGCCUUUGUAGAUGCUUAAAUAUUCCCAGCCGUAUCUGCUUGACGCUGCCCAGUUUAAAAAACGAAACUGAUGUUGGACAGGACAAGUGGCUCUUGAAAAAGUGCACUGGGGAAUACCACCCUCAUUUUAGCAGAAGUAUUUUUUAUCGUCAAUUCGUGAACUCAGUCAGUGAGGGCAGCAAUGACGAGGACAACGUAGCUAGCUGCACUGAUGGUGGUGCACAGGGCAGCCGCGAUGAUGAUGUGAUACUUAUCGACAGGGAGGAAUUCCUUCAAAGCGGGGCGAACAGCUACGCCAGCGCAUUCAAACAAGGGGACAACGUGAAUAAGGGGAAAGGCUCCAAAAAAGUGGUGAAAGAUGAGACCGCCCAAUUCAAUAUCUUCUCCGAGUGCUACUCGACCAGCUUCAACAAAUGGGUGUCCUUCUUUUUUUGCUUUAACGUUUACUAUUUUAAUUUUGUGAAUUUCUCCAAAUAUGACAGCUCUGUUGCGCAUGAAGAUAAGGCCUUCCACAUUUUGCUGCCCCUUCCUAAGAACCCCGAAGAGAUAAAAACGUUCAGGACACAGCGGAGGGUCAGUGGUCUUGGCGGCUUUGCGCGCUCACUCUUCAUGCGCAGGGGGGGCAAAGCGAGUGAAAACGGCAGCGAAAACGGCAAUGAAAACGACAGUGAAAGUGAACAUGGCAGAGUACGUGAUUGCGAACGUGGGAGCAACUCUCCCUGCAGCGGAGACAGCGAAGGUGAGGCAGACCCCGGGUCCCCGAAAAUGUCCCGAGCGGAUGCUUCCCCGCUGAGCACAAAGAGAAGCAGCCCUCAGUGCAACGCCCACGAUCAGUACGGUGGACUUACAAUAGAUGGUCUACACACUGGAGAGAAGCAUAAGGAGGGUUGUCCAGGAACAUCAGAAAUAAAUAGCUUACCAUUGGGAGGACCCAUCCCAGGGGGAAGAAGCAUCCCAUCAGUGAGAGACAACUUGGCUAGCUCGAAAUUUCAAAUUUUGAGCGACGACCAUGGGGGGAAGAUGUACAUCGAGAGGGACAACAAGUUCUUCAUCGUUGACAAGAAGAGCAAGCGGGUGGUUAGGAUUGCCUACCUGGAGACGCCUCCAGAGGGUGUCCAUACAGAACGAAAAAAAUCAACAACGGGAGGUAAACGGACGAAAGUGGGGAUGGAACCCCCCCUGUAUGACUUCGAACGGGAAGAAGAAAACAACGAAAUAGUGAACUCGCUAGCGAAUAUAUACAGCUCUGGGGGGAAGCGAAAUUUGCUGCUAAAUCAGAUCAGGGAGUUGCGUGUAGCCAACAGUAAGUUACGAGGUGAUGCCAACAGUGCCAGCAUGAAUGUGUUUGUGCACGACUACGGAGAGAUCACUUAUGAUAAGAUGGCGAACCCAGUGAAGACAUCUUCACUCGAGGGGAAAUACAUAAAGGUAUUCAUAAACAGCAACGUAUAUAAAUUUUUGUACAGCCUGGACCAUUACAACUUAUACAUAUGUAUUAACCGAUAUGGCAUUGUGCGUGACGUGAGUGUGCGCCAUAAGCUGAGGUAUACCGGUGGGGGGAGUUCUCAGCGAAGUGGCCAACGAAGCAGAGGAAACAGCAGCAAUGCCAUCAUUAAGGGAGACAGACACUGCAACGCUGUAAGGAACCACUUCCGAAGAAUUGCCUACCAAAUUAACAAAAAAAAAUAUAAUGACUUUGAACAAGCACUGGAUAAAUUAGACGAUGAGUAUUUGUACAAUCUUUAUGUGACCAAUAUGAUACCGACGGAGAAAACUGAUUUUCUUAAGUCCAGUUAUUAUAUAUUAAGAUCCAUGCUGAAGAAGAACCAGGUGAUUUAUCCGAAUGCCCCCGUUGGGCUGUUCAAGGGAGAAAAUGUGUACUUGAAGGAAAACUUUUACAACUUAGUCAGGAGAGAGUACCUGGAAAAUAAACAAUACUACAUUAGCGAUGCGGAAAAGCCGCUAAGCUAUGAGUUCGAUGAGUACAGCAAAGUUAAGGUGCCUCUAUAUGCGCAAUUUCAGCUGAGGAGGCGAACAGAGGCAGCGGUGAGCAGAAGGGGAGGGACUGACCUAGAAAGCAGCACGAACGUUGUGAGCAGUGGUAACAACGAUGGUAGUAGCAAUGUCGGUCACACGGAAGAAACAUGCCCCCUAGCGGAGGAAGAAAACUUCGACUACAUUUACAGCAGGAAAGAUAAACUGCACGUGCUCAAGACGAAGCUGUUUGCACACCUGAAGGCGAGCAACAUCAUCGAGCUGAACGACGAAGACGUGUGCAUUUGUAACGUCAAACUGAAAUACGUCAUUAAACAUUUACGGGGAGUCAUCCCAUACAAAAUUGUCUAUAACACCUCCUACUUUUUUAAUAAAUUUCGUAAAAGGCCAAAUGUACCAACGGAUGCUGACAAAAUUAUAAUUAAAAAAAAACAUAUGCCACAGUUUAAAAAUCUGUACAUACCACAAAAACAAACACAGGACGAAUUUUUACUAAGUGAUAAAACGAAGCAAAUCAAAAACCUGUGGAAGGUACUCUGCAAGAGUAUCCUGUACGAGCAGGUGAACAAGAAGGCGAUCCAGGACAGGGCUCGCGCUAGGGGAAUUUACAAGAUGAAGGAAUUCAACACGGACGUCGAUCGGUACUUUCAAAUUUGA